AUUGUACUAUGGGUAGGGUCCGUGACGCGACCCUCGUCUGGUUCUUGAAAGACGCCAUUUUGUUAUUAGCAGAGAAGCGGAACGUGAGAGAAAGAUCCAGAAGCCGCGACUCUGAGAUAAAUCAAGAUGGGGAAUGUUUUUGCGAGCUUGUUCAAGGGCCUGUUUGGGAAGAAGGAGAUGAGGAUCCUCAUGGUGGGGUUGGACGCAGCCGGGAAAACCACCAUCCUGUACAAACUCAAACUAGGAGAGAUAGUCACUACCAUUCCCACAAUCGGUUUUAAUGUAGAAACUGUAGAAUACAAGAACAUUAGCUUCACAGUCUGGGAUGUCGGCGGUCAGGACAAAAUACGGCCUCUGUGGCGCCACUACUUCCAGAACACGCAAGGGCUGAUUUUUGUGGUGGACAGCAAUGACAGAGAGCGUGUGAACGAGGCGCGGGAGGAGCUGUCGAGAAUGCUGGCAGAGGACGAGCUGCGAGAUGCAGUCUUGCUAGUGUUCGCAAACAAACAGGACCUGCCGAAUGCCAUGAACGCAGCGGAGAUCACAGACAAGCUGGGCCUGCACUCCCUGCGCCAGCGCAACUGGUACAUCCAGGCCACCUGCGCCACCAGCGGGGACGGUCUGUACGAGGGCCUGGACUGGCUCUCCAACCAGCUCAAGAACCAGAAAUGAUCCAUUCCAUAGUCCCUGUGACAGGGGCAGCACUGGUCCCAGCUUUGACUCCCCCCUCCCCUCUCCUCCUCCCCGCCCCUCCCUCUGUCUCUCUCUCCCCACCGCCCCCCCCCCCCCGCCCCCCCCCCUCCUCCAGCAGGGCUCUGUCCAGUGCUGCCCUGCACGUGUGUGUCGGUGUGGUUGUGUGCGUGCGUCUUGUGUGAGCGCGAGAGAGCGCGUCUGCGCGUCUGGCAGUGGGAGCAGCCCCUGGCAGUGCCUUUACACGUCUCCCGCGGUCCAGCUCCUCUCAGAGCGCCCCCCCCCCCCCCCCCUCUGCUCGAGCCCUCGUACCAACACCCCUCCCCCCGCAAUAGAGCAAAAACACGGUUUUCACCAAGGCAAAGAAAGACCCAGGAUGCAAAGUGUUGUCAUCUUUUAAACGAUUAAAAAAAGAGAAAAAAAAAAGAAAAAAAAAACCUGAUUUACACCACCAGUGUUAAUGUUGGAGAGACGUGCAUGUUUCAAUGUUGGUUUUGAACCCCUGCCCCACCCUCGCAUUGUAACCUGUAUCAGGUUGGAAGAGUCAUGAUGCUAUUUCCAUCCUAGAUCCUUCUUUGCGUCAUUUGAAAAUCAUCCUGGUGUUUUUUUUUUUUUUUUUUGGUUUGUUUUUUUUGUUUUCCCGCUCCUCUCCUGCAACUAAGUCCUGGCUCUGAUGAACACUACCUGUCUUUUCUUUUUUGAGAGGCUAUGGAACACAAGUAAACCAAUGGGUAUCAUUUUUAUUCAGUUGUCUGGUUUACUUUUAAUGAAAAACUCCAUUAUGUUUAGUCACCUUGUAAAAGCCCCCUCCCCCCUUCGUCAUUAAAGCCAUGGAGAUGUCGCCCCGUCAGAACCCCGAAGAAGACCGAAUGAUGUUUUGUACUGUCAGUGAUGGCAGAGCGCCUGCUAUUCCGCUACGGCCGCAAGGUAUCAUUUGCCGUGAGUGCGUGCGUGCUGGCCAUUUAGCCCGGCAGGAUUUGUCAGCCUGUCAAGUACAGUCGGUCGCUGGCCUUUAGAAGCCUUGACUUCUAUUACUAGAAAUGCUACAUGCAUCAAGUUCUACAUGCAUACUCCUCGACCCACAUUUCUGCCACAACUCCUAAACCAAAUGAAACCAAGCGAUGGCAGUCGUCUGCGGCCGCUUUUCAGUACGUAGCUAUUUCGGCUGCUUGCCUGUCUUUGGCAAUGGAGGUAGCGCAACUGCACGCUCCAGUAUGACACAAAUUUGGUGUAGCAAAGGGUCUGGGCCUUCAUAUGACCUGGACACAGUCUUGGCUAAAGCAAUAUGCUCUGUAUGUAAGACCAUUCAGUUCUGUACAGAUCCUGGCUACUUUAUCUGCUCAUCUUGAAGCAUUCAUUUUGUAGCAGAGCUCCAAUGCGUCUUUAGUGACCGUAGGCCCCCCCAACGGAAGUAAAUUUGUCUGGAGUAGCCUUUUUAAAGUUGUCUGGGGCGGAAGCUUGCCCACCGUCAGUCCAGAGGUGAGUUCAAGCUCGCGUAAUUUGUCCCGGAGAAAUGACAGUAGCCACGUUUAGGUAGGCUGACUCUUUUCAGAACAUCACGACUAGAGAUUUCCUGGUUAGUACCGUUGAUUUAUUCCCGACUGUCCUGUGGAACAUGCAAUAACCGGCGCUUUGCUUCCGCGGAAGAGAGCUGCAGCACAGCCGUGUCCGGGGACAGUGAGGCCUUUUCAGAGAGCUGCUCCCACUUUUUAUUUUUUGUUUUCUCCUUUAGAAUUUUUGUUUAUUUAGAUUUGUUUUUGUUGAGUUUUUUUGUACAGAGCCACCUGCCGCCUUGGCACGGUCUUGUGAGCCAGGUUGCAAGUCGAAUGCGGAACGACCCACGUUUUUGAAUUCUCCGGGUGGGGUGCGGUGGUUAGUUAAACGGGCACAUGAGUGAUGCAGCGCUUGGGUCACAUCCACUCGCACUGCUAUGAACGAUCUCAAGAGAAGCUGGUGAUACAAGGCUUGUGCAAGAGCAACGCUGUCCUUUUUCUUCACCCUUGUGUCCGUACAAUUAAAGACCAGUAUUGCCCGCUCGUUUUUUGUUUUUUUUUGUGUGUCACAGGCCAAUCAUUAACACACGUCUGUGUGCAAAUGUCUGCGUUUCCGUGUAAGCGGUUUUGUGGAAUUGACAGUUUAAUUGAGCUGCAGGACGACUCCACACCCUGAGCUUUAGCUUUAAACAAACACCUCUAGUUCUGAUGGUUUUUAAUUUUCCUGAAAACAGGAGGCCUGCAUUCCACAGUUGCAUCCCUGGGAAAUGUGGGUUGAGCGAACACUCCCUGGAUUGCGUUUGUGGGGUAGAAGCUAGGCUGCCCAACAUGAAUGUGUAAGGGGCAGCUCAUUUCAGACUUGGCUGGGGGCGGGGGGAAGGACCAUUGUUCAAUAGUACCUUGUUCUUGAUGGGAUGUGUCGAGCAACUCAUUAGCAACGUAUAGGCAACUGUCACAGGUAUUGUUUCUGUAAUCAGUGUGCUUACAUAUGGCUGUGACAGGAUAUAUUGAAGACAUCCUGCUCCGAGACCAACAAACAAGCUGAGAAAGAAAAUGGCUGUGAACACACAUUAGCCUGUCAUUGCAGUGGUGAUGCUCCAUGGUCUGUCUGCGCUCUGAAUUACAGCCCUGCCCUGUGCCCAUGUCACGGAGGGAAGAUGUGGCCUUUGUGACAACUGGACAAACGCAGUUAUUUAGCAAAAUGCACCAAACUUAGUGUGGGAUGGUAUACAUGACUGAAAGAUCCUCAUUAUUUACGUUUUGGCCUUUUUUGUCUACUGUGAAAGCCAUAGUGCAAAAAUAAUUCCUUGAUCAUUUUUCCCCAAUUGAAAAUAUUAAGUAAUGAGUAAUUGCAUAUAUAAACUUACGUAUGAAACUAUAUCACGUGGGCACCAAUUUUAUUUACCGUUGGUCAGACGUAAAGCUUUAAGUUUGAGAAAUCAUCUCUGUAAAAUUUGGAAAAAGUCUGCAAAUGUAAUUUUUGUUCUUUUCCUUUCAAACGUUCAUUUCCCUUUGGUUUACUUUUUUUUUUUUUACCCAUUCUGUAACAUCUGAGAAAUGCACUAUAAUAAAGAUCUCUAUUAAA